ACACAAAUAAAAGCAUGUGGUAAGGUUGCCGGCCCCGGUUUCAAGGGUUCCAGGGCCUGACCGGCGGCGGUACCACCAUCGGCGUGCGCACUGCGCACUUUCCUCUUGAGCUUUCCUUCUCUUUCUUUCUCAAUCGAGGUCAGCAGCAACUUACCACCCAUUCUCUCUCUCUCUCUCUCUCAUCGGUUCUGCCUUUAAAGUCACGAACAAAAUUCGUUCUAUACCUUUCUUAAUCAGUCGCUCUCUCUGCUGAAAAGAAUAUCUACUCUUUGCCUUAAACCAGCGAUCCAGAGGAAUGUUUCAAAAGCUCUUCGAUUCUCAGACAGGAAGAAAAGCCAAUCCAAAGAUAAAGUAAGAUAAAGGCUUCUCACCUCCAACGGAUGUAAAUUUUCUCGAAAACGGGUUGAACAGUCAGAGGAGCAGAAGAAGAACAAAAGAGGGUUUCUGUUUUCUCUUUGAAUAUUUUUCCUUUUUUAUUUUUGAGAGAUACUUUUCCAUUUUUGGGUUGGUAAUCGAGAGGUUGAGUUUAGGGGUAACUGAGAGAUGGACCCUGCUGCUCUCGACGAUAUAAUUAAUCGGCUUCUGGAAGUUCGAUAUAGACCAGGGAAGCAGGUCCAACUGUCGGAGACGGAGAUCAAGCAGCUCUGCGUCGUCUCUAAGGACAUUUUCAUGCAGCAACCCAAUCUAUUGGAGCUUGAAGCGCCCAUCAAAAUUUGCGGUGACAUUCAUGGCCAGUAUUCUGAUCUUCUAAGGCUUUUUGAAUAUGGUGGAUUACCUCCUCAAGCCAAUUACUUAUUCUUGGGGGAUUAUGUAGACCGGGGCAAGCAAAGCUUGGAGACAAUAUGCCUUCUCCUUGCAUAUAAAAUAAAAUAUCCAGAGAACUUUUUUCUCUUGAGGGGUAAUCAUGAAUGUGCUUCCAUAAACCGUAUAUAUGGAUUUUAUGAUGAAUGUAAGCGAAGAUUCAAUGUUAGGCUAUGGAAAGUGUUCACAGACUGUUUUAACUGCCUACCUGUGGCUGCCCUGAUUGAUGAAAAGAUUAUCUGCAUGCAUGGAGGACUUUCUCCAGAUCUUCAUAAUUUAGACCAGAUACGAAACUUACAACGACCAACAGAUGUCCCAGACACUGGGUUGCUCUGUGAUCUUCUCUGGUCAGAUCCCAGUAAAGAUAUUCAAGGUUGGGGGAUGAAUGACAGAGGAGUUUCAUACACCUUUGGUGCUGAUAAGGUUUCAGAGUUACUUGAAAAACAUGAUCUAGAUCUUGUUUGUCGUGCUCACCAGGUUGUGGAGGAUGGCUACGAGUUCUUUGCUAACCGGCAACUUGUAACAAUAUUCUCGGCACCCAAUUACUGUGGAGAGUUUGACAAUUCCGGUGCCAUGAUGAGUGUGGAUGAGACUCUAAUGUGCUCCUUCCAAAUAUUAAAACCUGCAGAAAAGAAAGCAAGGUUCGGCUUUGGGAGCACACCUACAACUAAGCCUGGAACUCCUCCAGCUGGAGUGAAGUCUUUCCUUGGUGCCAAAGUAUGAGAAUUUGGUGGAUGUGAUGGGGAUGACUCAUUUCAAGUGUGUCAUGAAGGUCAGACAAGGUUUAUCCAGGGAGCAUGGGGUUGGUUUCAAUCUAUUGCAAGAGAAGUGUAUAAAAGAAGGCCUUAAUCUCGAAAGAAUGCGAGAUGAAAAUUUCAUUUGACCUUGGUAUUAACUUGGCCUCAGUCCCUCCAUGUACACUAGAAUCUGUCUAUUGCUGCUAUGAAUGAUUUAGCUUGUGAACUUGCAAGUGUUGAUUUUUCUCGUUUUGGACCUUAGCGGAAUGUCGUAACAGUUUAAUAUAUUAUACUCUUCAAGUUUCAAUCCCUCAUGGGAAAAGAAGUGAGAACCAAAAGUUUUCCAAAUGUCUUUGUUAUCUAGGAUGUUCACUUGAAGAGUUGAAGUUGACGUCAUUAUGGUUGGGUU